AUGUUGCUUUUCCUAACAUUGAUCUUAUACUCUCUUCAAGAUAGAUGCCAUACAAGCAGGUAUAUUAACCGUAAAUGGAAACUUGCAGAUGGUCGCUCUUUAAUUGUUUACGACUGGACCGAGUACUGUCAUGUUUACGCGGGUAAGCAAACUUCGGGAACCUCUGCAUAUAUUUCUGAUGGAACAAAAGAAGAUAUAUUUGAUAAAACAUCAGGUACAGUUAAACUUGCUGACGGAAGAACUGCUUAUGUUGGUGAAGACAAAUAUUUAAGAGUCAUGAGCGACAACGUUGAAAAGAUUGUAACCAUUAAGCUAUACAGCCACAUAGAUUUUUGGUAA